AUGGUUUUCACCCAUCAGCCUUUCAUCACCUCGGACCUAAUGAAUUGGUCAGAUAAAAUGCCUUCCCUCCGAGAUGACCCUGAUAAAUGCCACCGACAGGUAGCUACUAUUUUCUCCACCCACAACCCGACAUGGGCAGACGUACACAUGUUACUGGGGGCCCUUUUCAACGAAGCUGAAAAGAGGGAGAUAUUAGUAAAAGUGGGGGAGGCUUUGGGUAGACCCGACUACCAAGCAGACCAACCCGCUUCCAUGGCCCCACUGACAACCCAAACCCUUGUCAACGACCCUGCCUGGGACUAUAAUACCACCGAUGGCAUGUGGGGCUUAAAGAUAUUCAAGAAGGCUAUCCUAGAUGGCUUACAAGCUGCAGGACAGCGGACUGUAAAUUGGACUAAAGUCCAAGCCGUCCUACAAGGACCCGACGAACACCCCUCUGAUUAUUACAUGUGA